AUGUCGUCAACGACUAUAGCUACUCUGUCCUCCUCCACAACCUUGCCUACCGAGGCUAUUGCGACUGCUACUACGACGGAGGGUCUUGAGGAAGUUUGGGUCGAGGAAUUGUCUCCUUCCACUACUACGACAUCUGCUACGCCGAGCACUACUGAAGGAGCGACCACGUCCUCGACAACCACAACUACUCUGUCCUCCCCUAAAACUCCGACUACCGAGGUUCCUGCGACGGAGAGUCUCGCGGAAGUCUGGGUCGAUGAAUUGUCCCUUCCCAGUACUACGACAUCUAGUACAUCGACUACUACUGAAGAAGCGAUCACCUCAUCAACAACCACAACUACUCUGUCCUCCGCGACAACUUCGACUACCGAGGGUACUACGACUUCUACUACGACGGAGAGUUUCGAGGAAGUUUGGGUCGACGAAUUAUCUUCUUCUAGUACUACGACCUCUAGUACAUGGACCACUACCGAAGAGGCGACCACGUCCUCAACAACCACAACUACUCUGUCCUCUACAACUCCGACUACCGAAGUUGCUGCGACUUCUACUGUGACUUCCACGACGACAGAGGGUCUCGAGAAAACUAGGGUCGAUGAACUGUCUUCUGCUGGUACUACGACAUCUACUACAUCGACCACUACUGAAGAAGCGAUCACGUCGUCAACAACUAGAACUACUCUGUCCUCCGCGACAACUUCGACUGCCGAGGUUACUGCGCCUCCUACUACGACGGAAAUUGUCGAAGAAAUUUGGGUCGAGGAAUUGUCCCCUUCCACUACUACGACAUCUUCUACGUCGACCACUACUGAAGGAGCGACCACGUCCUCAACCACCACAACUACUCUGUCCUUCUCUACAACUUCGACUACCGAGGGUACUGCGACUUCUACUACGACGGAGAGUUUCGAGGAAGUUUGGGUCGAUGAAUCGUCACCUUCCAGUACUACGACAUCUAGUACAUGGACCACUACCGAAGAGGCGAGCACGUCCUCAACAGGCACAACUACUCUUCCCUCCUCUACAGCUUCCACUACCGAGGUUACUGCGACUCCUACUACGACGGAGAGUCUCGAGGAAGUUCGGGUUGGGGAGUUGUCUUCUUCAAGUACUACGACAUCUACUACGCCGAGCACUACUGAAGAAGCUACCACGUCCUCGACAACAACAACUACUCUGUCCUCCCCUGAAACUCCGACUACCGAGGUUCCUGCGACGGAGAGUCUCGCGGAAGUUUGGGUCGAUGAAUUGUCCCUUCCCAGUACUACGACAUCUAGUACAUCGACUACUACUGAAGAAGCGAUCACGUCAUCAACAACCAGAACUACUCUGUCCUCCGCGACAACUUCGACUACCGAGGAUACUGCGACUCCUACUACGACGGAAAUUGUCGAGGAAGUUUGGGUCGAGGAAUUGCCUCCUUCCACUACUACGACAUCUACUACGUCGACCAAUACUGAAGGAGCGGUCACGUCCUCAACAACCACAACUACUCUGUCCUUCUCUACAACUCCGACUACCGAGGAUACUGCGACUUCUACUACGACGGAGAGUUUCGAGGAAGUUUGGGUCGAUGAAUUGUCACCUUCCAGUACUACGACAUCUAGUACAUGGACCACUACCGAAGGGGCGACCAUGUCCUCAACAACCACAACUACCCUUUCCUCCUCUACAUCUCCGACUACCGAGGUUACCAUGACUCCUACCACGACGGGAAGUCUCGAGGAAGUUUGGGUCGAUGAAUUGUCACCUUCCAGUACUACGACAUCUAGUACAUGGACCACUACCGAAGAGGCGACCACGUCCUCAACAACCACAACUACUCUUUCCCCAUCUACAACUCCGACUACCGAGGUUACCAUGACUCCUACCACGACAGAAAGUCUCGAGGAAGUUUGGGUCGACGAAUUGUCUUCUUCUAGUACUACGACAUCUACUAGGUCGACCUCUACUGAAGAAGCGACCACGUCCUCAACAACCUCGUCCUCAACAAUCACGUCCUCAACAACCACAACUACUCUUUCCUCCGCAACAACUUCGACUACCGAGGUUACUGCGACUCCUACUAUGACGGAAAGUCUCGAGAAAGUUUGGGUCGAUGAGUUGUCUCCUUCCAGUACUACAUUGACCACUACUGAAGAAGCGACCACGUCCUCAACAACCACAACUACUCUGCCCUCUUCUACAAUGUCGACUACCGAGGUUACUGCGAGUUCUACUGCGACGAAGAGUCACGAAGAAGUUUGGUUCGAUGAAUCGCCUACUUCCAGUACUAGUGAGUGGACCACUACCGAAGAGGCGACCACGUCCUCAUCAACCACAACUACUCUUUCGUCCUCUACAACUCCGACUACCGAGGUUCCUGUGACUUCUACGACGACGGAGAGUCUCGAGGAAAGUAGGGUCGAUGAACUGUCUCCUUCUAGUACAACGGCAUCUACUGCAUCGACCACUACUGGAAACGCAACCAUGUCGACAACGACUAUAGCUACUCUGUCCUCCUCCACAACCUCGCCUACCGAGGCUACUGCGACUCCUACUACGACGGAGGGUCUUGAGGAGGUUUGGGUCGAGGAAUUGUCUUCUUCCACUACUACGACUUCUACUACGCCGAGCACUACUGAAGGAGCGACCACGUCCUCGACAACCACAACUACUCUGUCCUCCCCUAAAACUCCGACUACCGAGGUUCCUGCGACGGAGAGUCUCGCGGAAGUCUGGGUCGAUGAAUUGUCCCUUCCCAGUACUACGACAUCUAGUACAUCGACUACUACUGAAGAAGCGAUCACCUCAUCAACAACCACAACUACUCUGUCCUCCGCGACAACUUCGACUACCGAGGGUACUACGACUUCUACUACGACGGAGAGUUUCGAGGAAGUUUGGGUCGACGAAUUAUCUUCUUCAAGUACUACGACCUCCAGUACAUGGACCACUACCGAAGAGGCGACCACGUCCUCAACAACCACAACUACUCUGUCCUUUACAACUCCGACUACCGAAGUUGCUGCGACUUCUACUGUGACUUCCACGACGACAGAGGGGCUCGAGAAAACUAGGGUCAAUGAACUGUCUUCUGCUGGUACUACGACAUCUACUACAUCGACCACUACUGAAGAAGCGAUCACGUCGUCAACCAGAACUACUCUGUCCUCCGCGACAACUUCGACUACCGAGAUUACUGCGACUCCUACUACGACGGAAAUUGUCGAGGAAGUUUGGGUCGAGGAAUUGUCUCCUUCCACUAAUACGACAUCUACUACGUCGACCACUACUGAAGGAGCGCCCACGUCCUCAACCACCACAACUACUCUGUCCUCCUCUACAACUCCGACUACCGAGGUUAUCACGACGGGAAUUCUCGAGGAAGUUUGGGUCGAUGAACUGUCACCUUCCAGCACUACGACAUCUAGUACAUGGAGCACUACCGAAGAGGCGACCACGUCCUCAACAACCACAACUACUCUUUCUUCCUCUACAACUCCGACUACCGAGGUUACCAUGACUACGACCACGACGGGAAUUCUCGAGGAAGUUUGGGUCGAUGAAUUGUCUUCCCCUAGUACUACGACAUCUACUAGGUCGACCUCUACUGAAGUGGCGACCACGUCCUCAACAACCUCGUCCUCAACAAUCACGUCUUCAACAACCACAACUACUAUUUCCUCCGCAACAACUUCGACUACCGAGGUUACUGCGACUCCUACUAUGACGGAAAGCCUCGAGAGAGUUUGGGUCGAUGAGGUGUCUCCUUCCAGUACUACAUUGACCACUACUGAAGAAGCGACCACGUCCUCAGCAACCACCACUACUCUGCCUUCUUCUACAAUGUCGACUACCGAGGUUACGGCGAGUUAUACUGCGACGAAGAGUCGCGAGGAAGUUUGGUUCGAUGAAUCGCCUACUUCCAGUACUACGACUUCCAGUACUACGACUUCCAGUACUACGACUUCCAGUACGUGGACCACUACUGAUGAGGCGACCACGUCCUCAACAACUACCACGACUCUGCCCUCUUCUACAAUGUCGACUACCGAGGUUACGGCGAGUUCUACUGCGACGAAGAGUCCCAAGGAAGCUUGGUUCGAUGAAUCGCCUACUUCCAGUACUACGACUUCUAGUACGUGGACCACUACUGAAGAGGCGACCACGUCCUCAUCAACCACAACUACUCUUUCUACGACGACGGAGAGUCUCGAGGAAACUAGGGUCGAUGAACUGUCUCCUCCUAGUACAACGGCGUCUACUGCAUCGACCACUACUGGAAACGCAACCAUGUCGUCAACGACUAUAGCUACUCUGUCCUCCUCCACAAUCUUGCCUACCGAGGCUACUGCGACUCCUACUACGACGGAGAGUCUCGAGGAAGUUUGGUUGGAAGAGUCGUCCUCUUCCAGUACUACGACUUCUAGUACGUGGACCACUACUGAAGGGGCGACCACGUCCUCAUCGACCACAACUACUCUUUCAUCCUCUACAACUCCGACUACCGAAGUUACUGCGACUUCUACUACGACGGAGAGUCUCGCGGAAGUCUGGGUCGAUGAAUUGUCCCUUCCCAGUACUACGACAUCUAGUACAUCGACUACUACUGAAGAAGCGAUCACCUCAUCAACAACCACAACUACUCUGUCCUCCGCGACAACUUCGACUACCGAGGGUACUACGACUUCUACUACGACGGAGAGUUUCGAGGAAGUUUGGGUCGACGAAUUAUCUUCUUCUAGUACUACGACCUCCAGUACAUGGACCACUACCGAAGAGGCGACCACGUCCUCAACAACCACAACUACUCUGUCCUCUACAACUCCGACUACCGAAGUUGCUGCGACUUCUACUGUGACUUCCACGACGACAGAGGGGCUCGAGAAAACUAGGGUCAAUGAACUGUCUUCUGCUGAUAUGUCUUCCAGUCUCCGCGGUUCUGAACAGCCCCCGAAGCAAUGGAGGAAGAUUGUCAUUCUUUUUGGACCUCCUGGUGCCGGCAAGGGCACUCAAGGCCCCAAGAUGGAGGAAACUUACAAGAUUCCCCAGCUUUCUACCGGUGACAUGCUCCGAGCUGCCGUUGCGGCUGAGACUCCUAUCGGACUUAAGGCCAAGGAUGUGAUGGCACGUGGCGAGCUCGUCAGUGAUGAGAUCGUCAUUGGAAUCAUCAAGGACAGGAUCCAGGAGAUGGAUGCUGGUUGGGGUUUCAUCCUUGAUGGUUUCCCGCGAACUGUCGAACAAGCUACCGCUCUCGACGCUAUGCUCGCCGAGAACGAGGAGCGUGUUUCUAAGGUGAUCGUUCUCGAUUUGCCCGACUCGGUGCUCGAGGAGAGGAUCUGCGGUCGAUGGAUACACAAGCCUAGUGGACGUUCCUAUCAUGUCAAGUUCAACCCUCCGAAGUCUCUCCCUGCUGGUGCCAGCCCUGACGCCACCAACAUGCUCGAUGACGUGACCGGCGAGCCUCUCAUACAGCGUCCUGAUGAUACCGCUGAGGCACUCAAGACUAGAUUAUCCGCUUAUCAUUCUCAAACUGAACCGAUCGUAGCUCACUACGCCCCGACUAACGUAGUCAAGCAUGUGGACGCCAACCAGGGCAUGGAGAAGGUUUGGGAGGAAAUCCAGACGGCUAUGGAAGCUUAA